AUGUCAGAGGAACAUUCAACUGCUUCAACUGCUGGAAAUGAUGUGAAUGAAAUUCAAGCCAAAUACGAGGAGGAGAAACCAAUACAAGGUGAUAACAAUGGAGAACAUGAUCUUGCCUCAAGGUUAAAGAAUAAACCAUUAAGUGCUUACACAGGAAUAAUAAUUAUGUGUAUUUUGAUAGCGUUUGGAGGAUUCGUUUUUGGAUUUGAUACUGGUACAAUCUCAGGUUUUGUGAAUAUGACUGAUUUUCAGAGAAGAUUUGGUCAAUUAAAUGAUCAAGGUGAAUAUUAUUUUUCCAACGUUAGAACUGGAUGUAUGAUUGGUUUAUUCAAUGCUGGUUGUGCUUUAGGUGCAUUAUUUUUAUCUAAGGUUGGUGAUUUGUAUGGAAGAAGAGUAGGUAUAAUGACUUCAAUGGUUCUUUAUAUUGUUGGAAUCAUCGUUCAAAUCUCAUCAAAUCAUAAAUGGUACCAGGUUAUGGUUGGCAGAAUUAUAACUGGUGUUUCAGUCGGUUGUUUAUCAGUUUUGUGUCCAAUGUUUAUUUCAGAAGUUUCCCCAAGACAUUUGAGAGGUACGUUGGUAUGCUGCUUUCAGCUUAUGAUCACUUUGGGUAUAUUUUUAGGAUAUUGUACUACAUACGGUACUAAAACAUACUCAGAUUCUAGGCAAUGGAGAAUACCUUUAGGUUUAUGUUUUGCUUGGGCUUUAUUAUUAGUUGGAGGUAUGGUAAGAAUGCCAGAAUCACCAAGAUAUCUUAUUGGUAAGGAUAAAAUUGAUGAUGCAAAGGUGGCGUUAUCUAGAGUCAAUAAAGUCUCACCAGAAGAUCCUGCCUUGUACAGUGAAUUGCAAUUAAUACAAGCAGGUGUUGAGAGAGAAAGAUUAGCUGGAAAAGCUGGAUGGGGAACAUUAAUAACAGGUAAACCAAGAAUUUUUGAAAGAGUUCUAGUUGGAGCUAUGUUACAAGCUUUACAACAAUUGACAGGUGAUAACUAUUUUUUUUACUACAGUACAACAAUUUUCAAGGCUGUUGGUUUAGACGAUUCAUUUGAAACUUCUAUUGUCAUCGGAGUCAUCAAUUUUGCAUCCACAUUUGUUGGUAUUUAUGCAAUUGAAAAAUUAGGUAGAAGAACAUGCUUGUUGAUUGGUUCAGUUGCAAUGUCCUUAUGUUUCUUGGUUUAUUCAUUGGUAGGUUCUCAACACUUGUACAUUAAUGGCCCAAAUGGUCCUACCAGACAUCCAGAUGGAGACGCUAUGAUAUUCAUUACUUCACUUUACAUUUUUUUCUUCGCUUCAACUUGGGCAGGAGGUGUAUAUUCAAUUAUUUCAGAAAUUUACCCAUUGAAAGUUAGAUCAAAAGCAAUGGGUGUCGCAAAUGCUUCAAAUUGGAUUUGGGGAUUUCUUAUUUCAUUUUUCACUUCAUUCAUUACUGACUCAAUUCAUUUCUACUAUGGUUUUGUAUUCAUGGGAUGUUUAGUUUUUUCAGCUUUCUUUGUUUACUUUAUGGUCUACGAAACAAAAGGUUUGUCGUUAGAAGAAGUCGAUGAAUUAUAUGCUAGUGGAGUUCCUGCUUUGAAAUCGGGUAGUUGGAAACCUCCAUCCGAAGAGGAAAUGGUUACUUCCACUGGUUAUGCGGGAUAUGCUAAGCCUGAGGAGGAACAUGUAAAUGUAUAG